AUGCCCCCGCGGCGAUUAGGCGAAUUCACGACGUCUUUGCUGAGUACGAGGAGGGCUGGUGGUUCUUACAACGGCGACUUCUUCAGCACGGGAAUACAACAGAAUCUUUUUGGAUUUGCUGGCAAAGUACAUAGAGAGAGACUGGAUUGGGCUUUCCACAAACUCGGCAGUCCCUACGCCGACCAGGGUAAGCUGGUCGAGGCGGAGAAGAUGUACACACGGGCGCUGUAUGGCUAUGAGGAGGCCCUUGGACUGAAGCACACAUCGACACUCGAUACGGCCAGCAAUCUCGGUAUCCUCUACGCAGAGAGAAAUCUGGGAGCAGAGUGCGAUUCAUUUGGGUUGGCUGUGAUCCGUCUGAAAUGCGUCUUUGCUCUCUCGAUUGAGGUGCCGAGAGUGGUCUUGACUCUUCGGCUUGAUGCGUGA